AAAAUAGAGAAAUUAAAGGCUGAAGGCCACGGUUGCCCACGGCUGGCCCAUCUUUCUCUCUCCCGCUCUUUUUCGCUUGCCAUGUGGUAACUUUUCUCUCGCCGUCCGGAAAUGAAGCCUCACACUCACAGAGGCUUCGGCUCUGGCUCAGUGUUUGUCAGCUCAGCGAGCGGCCGUCGUUUUGAUCUACAGGGAAAUCACAUCCGGAAGGCAUUUUUCGCCGGAAACCAUGUUUUCCGGCGGAUUUCGACUGGAAAGCGCGGCGGUGUUGAUGUGGCAGUCAGAUGCUGCCGGAGUCCGGUGGAAAAGCGUGAGCCUUCAUGCUCCGAUCGAGAUCGUCUGUUUGAGGUCGGGACAAGGCGGGAGGUGUUGGUCACGCCAUUCUUGGCGAUUGGAGCGUAUUCGUUGCGGUCAGUGGUGGCGAGAGCGGAGGAGGGAACUGAGGCUGUGAUGCCGGCGGCGGCAUCGGGGACAGUGCCAGCGGCAGCGGAGAAGAAGAUGGAGGAGGCGAUAGUUUCGAGGAUUUACGACGCGACGGUGAUCGGAGAGCCAAUGGCCCUCGGCAAAGAUAAACGGAAGGUUUGGGAGAAGUUGAUGAAUGCUCGAAUUGUGUAUUUGGGCGAAGCGGAGCAAGUUCCGAUUCGCGAUGAUAGGGAAUUGGAGCUUGAGAUUGUGAAGAAAUUGAGGAAAAGGUGUGCUGAGAAUGAACGGCCUUUAUCUUUGGCUUUGGAGGCAUUUCCUUGCAAUUUACAGGAACCGCUCAACCAAUACAUGGACUAUAGGAUUGACGGAGAAACCUUAAAGUCUUAUGCAUCACAUUGGCCACCUCAGCGUUGGCAGGAGUAUGAGCCUCUUUUAAGUUAUUGUCGAGAUAAUGGAGUUCGGUUAGUUGCUUGUGGUACGCCUCUUGAGGUCCUAAGGACUGUUCAAGCUGAAGGAAUUCGUGGGCUUUCUAAGGCUGAACGCAGAAAAUAUGCUCCUCCAGCCGGUUCAGGCUUCAUCUCAGGCUUUACUUCUAUCUCACGCAAAUCAUCAAUAGACACGAAUUCUCCAAAUCAGUCUGUUCCUUUUGGACCAAGCUCAUAUCUAUCUGCACAGGCAAGAGUGGUUGAGGACCAUACAAUGUCCCAGAUAAUCUUACAAGAAAUGGUGGAUGGAGGAACCACUGGUAUGCUGGUAGUGGUGACAGGUGCAAGCCAUGUUAUGUAUGGAUCAAGAGGGACAGGGCUGCCAGCAAGAAUUUCAAAGAAGCUGCAAAAAAGGAAUCAAACUGUAAUAUUACUUGACCCUGAGAGGCAAUAUAUACGAAGAGAAGGAGAAGUCCCUGUUGCCGAUUUCUUGUGGUAUUCUGCUGCCAGGCCCUGUAGCAGAAAUUGCUUCGAUCGUGCUGAAGUUGCCCGAGUAAUGAAUGCAGCUGGCAGGAGGCGGGAUGCCCUACCACAGGAUCUUCAGAAAGGACUUGAUCUAGGUCUGGUUUCACCGGAGGUACUACAGAACUUCUUUGAUCUGGAGCAAUAUCCUCUUAUUUCAGAGCUCACUCACCGAUUCCAGGGUUUCAGGGAGAGAUUGUUGGCAGACCCCAAAUUCCUGCAUAGAUUAGCGAUAGAAGAAGUUAUAUCAAUAACCACUACUCUUUUAGCACAGUAUGAGAGGCGCAAAGAAAAUUUCUUUGAGGAGCUUGACUAUGUUAUUACAGAUACCCUGAGGGGAUCAGUAGUUGAUUUUUUUACUGUGUGGCUUCCUGCCCCAACUUUGUCAUUCCUUUCAUAUGCUGAUGAGAUGAACGCCCCUGAUGGCAUAGAUGCAUUAAAGGGUCUCCUUGGUUCCAUUCCAGACAAUGCAUUCCAGAAGAAUCUUGCUGGGAAGGACUGGAAUCUGAGUCAUAGAGUCGCUUCAGUGCUUUUUGGUGGUGUCAAACUUGCUAGUGUUGGAUUUAUUUCUAGCAUUGGGGCUGUGGCUGCAUCAAAUACUUUGUAUGCAGUCCGCAAAAUCCUUAAUCCAGCACUAAUUGUUAAUCAGCAAAAUAAAAGGUCACCGAUAUUUAAAACAGCAUUUGUCUAUGGAUGCUUUCUUGGAAUAUCAGCCAAUCUCCGGUAUCAGAUAAUUGCUGGGGUAGUGGAGCAUCGAUUUUCUGAUCAAUUUGCUUCUCAACCAUUACUUGUGAAUAUGCUAUCCUUUUUUGCUCGGACAAUCAACUCCUACUGGGGAACCCAGCAAUGGGUUGAUCUAGCACGAUUUACGGGGCUGCAGACUCAAAAGAGCGAGCCACCCUCCUACCAAACAGUAGAUUCUUCAAAUCAUGCUGCGUUAGAAUGCAGCAGCGCAGAAGAGACCCAUAUUGAUGAAAUCAAGAAUCAAUAAGGUGAUGGCCACACUUCAUUUUGUCAUACUAGUUUGUCAAUCAUUCUGCCAAAGAUGCUGAGAGAUGGGAUAAUGGAUUCAACCCGUUUGCCAUAUAGGUCCGAUCUAUGCCCUUAUUUUAUAUUGUUCAAAUAUAAUUCUUUUACAAAUUUUGGCAAACAUUUCAGUGUAUAGUGGCAGAAUUAAUCAACUGCACGAGAACUAUAUUGAAUUCUACAUGAGUUUGAAGUAAGGGAUGCUUGAAAAGCAUAUAGCUGGGAAUUUAACCCACAAUAGAUUGAAUGGCACAACCCUCGUUUGAAACA